CUGGUUGCUGGCAGGGCAGCACCAGAAGCUGAAAAGUCCUUGACUUAAAGUAAGGACUGCUCAGCAGCAAGUAAAACAUAGGUGUGUUAUCAGCAUUAUUUUCCCUCUAAAUCCAAAGCACGGCACUAUACAAGCUACUAGGAAGAAAAUUAACUCUUUCCCAGUUGAAGCCAGAACAAUCUUAUAUCAAAUUUCCAGAGUUCUGAUCUCCACGUGAUGGUGCUAACGUGAUGUGACCCAUCACUCAUCUGCCUCAGCAAGGAGAGCAUGUAGACAGCUGAGUUAGCCCCCACAUUCCUGCUCACACAUAUUUUGAAUUCACAGUUUCCCAGUGCAUCAGGGGAAAGGUGUUAAGAGGAGAAAUGUUCUGGAGAGAAUGACCUGUACCAUGGGGUAUCUUCAUUUGCUGCCACCUUUCACUCUCAGCCUUGUAGGUACAGCUAAGUGUGAGCAAUUUACCAGUCUUGCUACUGACAAGCUUGUUCCUGUGGUAAAAGUCUGUGUGAGCAUCUACGGGAGGAGAAAGGAGAGGUAAGAAACCAAGCAGGUCAAAAUAGUCUUCACUUGUGUGUCCAAUAACACAGCAUGAGCAAUUUUCUUUUUUCCCCACAGUUGCUUCCCUUUCUCUAAAGGGGUUGCUCACCUUUGGAUGGUGUUGGUGUCAGGCUCAACACAGGUCCCUCAGGGGUUCAUCUUCAGGGCCAGAACAAAAUGGAGAAGUGGAUGUACAAUGUGGAAAGCUAAAGGUCUCUAAAAAAUAGAUUAGUUCUGAAAAUACAUCACCCUGAAGCAAAGUCCAAGGCAUCACUGAUUUCUUCCCGCUCCAAGGCCUGGAACUGGGCAAACUGAACAUGGUGGACCUCAUACACACGGCUUCAGUGUUGGGAUCCAGGCACCCUGUGCCCCUCACAUGCAAGAUGGGGCAGCACCUUGCUUGCUGCCAGAACCAGGCCUGCCCUACACAAAGGCUCAUGAGGGCAUCCAAAGGUCUACCUUCACCCAAACCCACAGCAUACUCUUCCACCCAGGGGUUAUCAAGGCCUCAUCUUCUGUGAGGCCACCUACUUGAUAGGGAAGGAGAGGACAGUUACUGCUGGUCUCAAUGCUCAGGCAGUGGUUUGCUCUCUUUGCUUACUCUAAGCAGCUCCUUUCUCCACAUGCCAACCCCUCCAAACCCCUUUUGGAGGUGUCUGGCUCUCCCACACUUAUACAGGGCCCAAGCACCUACCCAGAGCUGUGAGAGGAGCUGUGAUGUUCAGGAUGAGCAAUGUCCUGAUGAGAGAAACCGCUCGCUGCUAAGUUCCAUCCUACUCAGACUGACAGGACAUUGAUUUCCAAGAUUGGGUGCUUUCUGAUCAGCCCCCUGGGAGUCCCAGGGCUGCUGCUGGUUGGGUGUGACUCCGCAGGUACCACCAGGGCAACCGGGUUCAUUGUGAGCUCGGCGGCUUCCUACCCCAACUCCCUGUCCCUUGAGAUGCCAACAUGCAGCGCUUCACAAACCCACUUCUCAGGCACGUAAUUUCCAGGGGCUGCUUUGAUGCUGCUUCAAAGAAACAGUGCUUGCAGUAUUUAAGAGCUCUGAGGGCUCUGCAGCUUAAUGGUUUCAACACUGUUUUUUUAGGGGAAAUAGAUAUUCCAGAAAGUCUUAUUACAGGAGAAAAAAUCGCCGAGGAGGCCAGCCUGCGCAGACCAGUAUGGACACUUGUUCAUGCUGGCAGCAGCCAAGGGUGGGUGCCCUGGAGGUACAAACUGCUAUUAACAGAUGAACUGCCCAUCCAUCAGCAGAACGGUGUCUUUCAGGAGCUGUGUGAUUCUCUGACCAUGACCUAUGGGAAAUGUGUAAUUGUGACAAGAGACAAAAGGCAGCCGACACAUGUUGAGGCAAAAGAUGGCAAGGAGCAGGAGACAGAAACUCUGCCUCCAGUUCCACCAGUGAUCUACAUGUCUGGCAUUAAGUGUUGCCCCAAGACUGCUAGAGCCAAUGGCCAUGAGCUUCUCAUUGUGCCUUCAUCUUAUAGCUAUCUUUCUCCAAUGGAUGUUGCUUGGUCUUCUUUGAAAUGGUUUAUUAUAAACAACAGGAAGGACUUUGCCCUGAAGUCUGUUGAGACGACUCACUCCUAUAGGUGCAUCCUCUUCAAUGACUUGAUUACUAAAGGAAUAGAGAAGAUGACCCCAAACAAAUGGAAGGUAGCGAUUAACAAAGUGAAGAAAUGGGAAAACUACUACCUUGACACAUUUUCUUAAGUAUUUCUUCCUACAGUCAUGCCUCAGAUGUGUUUUGAUAGUGGUUCCAACUCUGUUGAGCCCUUCCUUUCAAAGGAUACAAACUUAAAACAAAACAACCCACCAUGCCAAUAGUACUAAUAAAAGAGAUCGUUUUAAAUUUGAAUGUUACAUUUCAGAUGUAUUCCAGGACUAGGCUGAUAAGUUCCAUACUUGCACUGAAAAGGGACAGUUAAUUUGCCUUAUUGCAAAAUGGGAUAAAGCAUGCCUAAGGCCCAGGUUAGCCUGCCUUCUGGAUACAUUCCUCUGUCAUGGGAGUCUUGAGACCAUGCCACAGAGGGAACUGUCCUCAAUUUUGAGAAAGACUGGGCUGCAAAAUGAAAUCUGUAGGUCAGGCCCAUCUCUGACCCCCAUGGAAGAUCUUCUGAACAGAGAAUAUGCUGGACCAUGACUGAUGCUAGAGACCACAGCUUAAGGAAGCCAGAAGAAUUUAUUGCGACUUACCCAUAACAUAGGCAUUAAUAUCUGUUAUCAGCUCAUUAUGCCCAGUAGUUCAUUAAGCCUAGUGCCUUGCUUCUAAAAAUGCUCUGCAAUAAACAUUUCAA